UCCUUUUCUCUGCGCCGCAACACUGUUGCUGCUGGCAUAAACACAUUUGUUUUGGGAUUCGAGUCCAGGGACCCCCAAGAACAAUGUACUGUUUGUUGACCGGUGGGAGCUGGCCUGUAGCUGGAUACUGAAGUUCUGACUCAUAGCUUUGGUCAAUGGGGACACAAGGGCUGGGCUCGGGCUCCAUGGGACCAGGGGUUUGGUUUGCGAUGUUGCCUGAGGAGGUGGAGGAGGACGUGACGGGUGGAUGGAUGCUGGAGAGAGAGAGUCAGAGAAAAGACAAGCAGAGGAGACUUUGAGGUAAUGGAGGAUUUGAGGUUACCUAAAAAGCGUAUGAAAACUGGACCAGCAGCCAGACAGCAGCACAGAGAGACAAGGAGGCAAGGAGACAUGCUGAACUCACCAAAACAAGCAAGUAGACAGUGGGCGCAACUCACCAGACUACCGCCACAACCCCCCAAUAUAUUCACAAAAAGUGAGACAUCCACCGCAACAUCCUCAUUCUUGUAUUCAUGCUGCAUGGUCCGAGGCUGUCACAGUUGUCGAUUUUUCUCUGCACAAAAUGCUGUAAAAGUCUGUUUCCAAAUGACUCCUGGGACAGGAACGAGACGAUGCUUUGUUUGUGUGGUGCUGCCCCUCAUGAUUGGGACGGUCACAUUAAUGUUCUACACUUCGAGCCUCAAAGUGCCAUGGCCUCUGAUGUUUUCGUCAAACCAGUCUUACAACAGUAUAGCUACUACAGUGCAGUAUAUAUCAUCAGAUCCCCCUUCGAUUUACCACGUGGCGUACCGGCACCCCUACCGUUGGGUGGUAGACGAACCACAUAGAUGUCGGAAAGAAAGCCCAUUCCUGGUUCUUAUGAUCCCAGUGGCGCCCCACAACAGAGAGGCCCGUGAUACGCUACGUAACACCUGGGUCAAAGAGACAAAAGUGCUGGGCAGAGUGAUCAGCCACUUCUUCCUUUUGGGAAUGUCCAAAGAGACCAAUGGCACAGAAAUCAUCCAAGAGCAAAUGUUGCAGGAAAGCCAGAGACAUCAUGACAUUCUCCAGAGUGACUUUUUGGAUAGCUACAAUAACCUCACCAUUAAAACCAUGGUGAUGUUUGAGUGGCUCAGCUCCCGUUGCCCUAACGCCUCCUACGCCAUGAAAGUCGACGCGGACAUGUUCCUUAACGUCCACAACCUGGUUGACAUGCUUUUGAAAGCCCCCCCACACCUGUACCUGACGGGAAUGGUGGCGAGGCAUGCGCCUGUUAUUCGAGACCCCACCUCAAAGUGGUAUCUGCCGCUUUCAGUCUUCCCUGAGCCCUUUUUCCCCCCGUAUGCCCUGGGACUGGGCUAUGUGUUCUCUCUGGAUUUACCUCACAGGAUAGUGGAGGCCUCGGCUCACGUCAAAACCGUUUACGUCGAAGAUGUCUCCGUGGGACUGUGCAUGAAGCAUUUGGGAAUCGGACUGACUGAUCCUCCUCGUUGGGAUUUGUUUCAAGGACCUGUGCCCGAUGCGCCGAGCAACUGUUACUGGAACUCGAUCAUAACGACAAUAAUGCAGAACUCCGACAAGAUUUCCCAAGCAUGGGAAUUAUAUCAAAGAUACAAAGAUGGCUGUUAACACUUGUGUCUGUGCUGUAAAAAUAACUUAUGGCUGUUGGUAAAGCCUGCACAACACCGCCUUUAUUUUAGAGUUAUAUCAAAACAGAUGUUUAUUUGUUAAGCAAAAAGUAUAUCUUGGGUGUCUGUAGGGAUUGAACACAUGAUAAAGAUGACAAUUAUUUUGAGGAUUCCACAAUGUAAACCCAUGGUGACAGCAUGUAAAGGUUCCUCAUAACUAGCAAAUGCUAUAAGUCAUAUUUUUUUAAAGCUACCCGUAGGAGCAUCAAGGAAAGGGUUGUUUUGUCCACAGCAAGUAAAAAACGCACGAUCUUCAACCAAAGAAACGACAAUGGAGGAAAAGGAUGACUCACCACAUGAAAUAAUUGAAAUGUACUGUCACCAACAUGCUAGUAUCACCGGCAAGCAUAAUGUCAUUAUUUUAAGCAGAAAAUCCUUUUUGCGUGCAAAGUUCUUUGUUAAGAAAGCUGGUUGUAUGUGUUGACCUCCGAAUGAGUCGGCGAUGAAGGGAGGCUGUUUAUUCACUGAAAGGAGGGAAUAGGCAUUUGCUUCAUAUCUGGAUCAACACACUCCUGCCCCCUCGUCCGCCGGGCAAAAUACCUUUGAAACAGAAAAGGUGAUCAUUUACUUGAAUUAAUAUCGGCUUCAUGCUCACUUGGAUGUUGUUGUUUUCUGCAGCUGUGUAUACAAGGAAAGUUGUUUAAUAUUUAUCCCACCAUCACUGUUAUAAAUUACUCUGGUGGCGUACUACGACAUUUUAUCUACUGACUUGAAUAUUUUGCACAAACAUGUAUUGUCCCAUAAAGCAGUAAGUAGUUUUAGUUUUAGAGUAGUAGUUUAGUCCAGUAGUUUUAGAGAGACAGACAUUUAGGGUGUAAGGGGGAGAUUCAGUUCAGUUGAAUUAAAUGCUAUUGUCACAGGCCGGCUCAUAGCCUGUGGAAAAAAUGAGGGGACACACUGCAAACCCAGAUUUUGUUUCUAAUUAAACUUACGAGUAAUCAAUA